CUGAUGGCCCUUAAAACCUGCAUGAGCCGCGGUGGGCGUGGCCAACAAUCACACAAACACACCCGUUCUUCUCUUUGGAAGUAUUUUUUAGUUUUUAAACGUAAUUUAUUUGUCUUGGGGCGUAAUUUACUCGAGCUCAAAAUGUCAAACCCUCUGCAACUUCUCUUCAUCGUGGUGAAGAAGACUGUGGAGCCACUUUGGGAGGAAAAUAACGGUACACGACGUUAGCUGAAGGUUAGCUUCUCAGAAACAGGUAGCUCGAGUGGACAGCUAGCUGCUGAGAGAGGGAGGCUCAGCCAUGGAGCCCGGAACUUUUUCAAAGUACUCCUGGACCGACUUCGUCUUCUCCGUGAUCGGAGUGUGCACUUUUCUCGUAGACUGGGGCUCCGAUGUUUGGGUGGCCACUGAGUUUUACUGCCGAGGAGACUUCUUCUGGUUCGGAGUCCUGGUUGGCCUCAUGGUCCUGUCGUCCGUCGUGGUCCAGAUGUUCAGUUGGUUCUGGUUCAAGUACGACCGAGAGCUGCCGGGCUUCAGCGCACAGACUGGGGCGAAAAGCGUGCUCUUCGGGGACAGAGUGAAGUUGUCUUGCCUGCUGCAUGUUCUACAACUGGGCUUCCUCUUUAGGCACGCAGGAGUCCUGGAAAAGGCUGUAGAAAGCUUCCGCACAAAGCUCCCUGACCCUGAGGGUGUAGCUGUGUUUCUGAGCCAAGAUCUGAGCAUGUUGCGAAUCGUAGAGACGUUUUCAGAGAGCGCCCCGCAGCUCACACUCAUGCUCACCAUCAUUCUGCAGCAGGGCCAUCUGGAUCCUGUUACAGUUCUGAAAGCCGUCGGCUCAGCCUCGGCUAUCGCCUGCACUGUGACGACCUACCAUCGCUCGCUGCGCUCCUUCCUGCCUGCCAAAGGCAGGCUGUGUUUUCUAGGACUCUGACCUUUUGUCUGUUUUUGCCACAGAUAUAAUGUCUCAAGGCAUUACUCAUCUUAAUGUGGAGAUGAAUUUGAAUAUGCACUUUCUGCUGUGCAUUAAAUCAUUUCACUGUGUGUCAAAACAUUUCAACAUAUCAGUCGUAAAUUAAAGGGUAAACGAGGUGGAAAAUGAGAGGCUUUAAUUAUCAAAUCUGUAAUAAAUAAUUGUUGUUUACAUGUGAAGAGAUCCUUUUUCAAAGGCUCUUUCACUGGAUCAUCUUUUCUAAAGAAUGUAACAGGUUAAAAUUAUUGUCAGCAGUGACUGAGUCUGCCAUCCCUCCUCCCAGACAAGAAGGUUUCUACGAAUGUCAACGUAAUCAGUCUCACUGUGCUUAGCACUGGAUUAAGUUGCUUCUACCAUAAACUGAGGAGGCGUGUCAACAAAAAAACAGACAUUUAUAGCAAUUUUUCCUCUUCACACAGUUAGCUGGUAGAUGGCAGGCGUCUGACUGUGGGGUAACCUACUGUAUAUGUCUUGUUGCCACAUCAACAUGUGGACAUGCAAUGAAAAUAUUCCUUACCCAUGUGAGUAAAGGGGCUCUGUAGCUUCAUGAUUAGUGUGCGUUUGUUCCGGUUUUUCUUACUUCACUUUGAUUUGUGCACGGCUGCAGGUGAGGCUGACACAGCGGAGCUCAAUGAGCUCAUCACACCUCCACUGCAUAUGACGUGUCGGGACCUGAGGUUGUGUUGUUGUGUGUGUGUGUGUGUGUGUGUAGCCGGCAGCUGAAAAGCUCUGGCCGAGAGUUCCUGGACAUCCAAGCCAAAUGUUUAUCACUUGAAGAAUCAGACUCCUUUUGAACAUUAUGUUGAUGCUAAGUAUGUAUGUAAAUAUGGUGUCUGUAUAUAUACAGCAGAACUGCUGCUGAUGUGUCAAGAUGAUAAGCGAGCAUCCGGCAGUGACAGGAAGUACCUGCUGGGAAGACGAAGACAAUGUUCUUUUUAAACUGUGUUAAAAGUUAUUGUGGUUUUGAUCUGACCUAUGUAUGAAAUGGAUCUGACGUUGAGGGGGCGUCAUUAAAUUUAAGCCCUGAUGGUAUAAAAUAUAUGUUUAUGCUUUGAUUAAGUCGAAGAUCAUCAAUUGCUGUCUGCGUACGCAGUGAUCUUCCCACGCGUGCA